AUGGCAGAUGCAUUAAACCUAAGCCAGCUCCAGGAGCCUUUGGACCUCCCAUUCCCCGCAUCCACCAAGCAAGUCUCUGGAGACGUCAAAGGCAUUCCCACAAAUGUCACAGCCAUCAAAUUCAACGACAAGAUCCUGAUUACCAUAUCUCAGAAAGGCCGACUAGGUCAUUGGCUUCAUGUUCCACUGGAAAACAAGAAUCCAGGCACAGAAGGCCUUCAUACAAUCCCUGAUGCAGAGAAUGACGGCCUUCUUCCAAUGAGCAACUUGACAGCUACCUCAGUUCUCGGUGGUCGCGCGCCUGGUCAUGAGAUUGUUGGUCAGCUUUAUGCUCGUCAAAUCGCAAGUGCCAUUGUCACCAAGACACCGCAUGAAAAUCGUCUGCUUGUUGUUGGACUGGGGUUAGAAACAGCCGAGGCUGACCGCGACAUUUUCUUUGCCAUUGUCGAUCUUGUUCUCCAGUGCAUUUAG